AUGGUGUGAUUAAAACUGUUUUAUGACUAAUUCGGUAAUAUUUGGCUAAUAGAAAAAGCGCACAUGUUUAAUAAUAAGUUAUGAUUAUUUUAAAAGUAUGUUGACUGGCUGGUGACAACUUUUAAUGAGGAAUUGCCAGAUGAAAACUGGAGGAUACCAGACCCUCAUCCAUCUGCUGUUAGCGCUACAACAUUGGAUAAUCGUGACAAUGAUUAUCACAGGUUAGUUAAUACUGUAGAAAGACACACUAGAUGCAGUCCAGCGUAUUGCUUGAAACAGAAAAGAGUGGACCUGCUUGCAGAAUGCAGAUUUGGUUUUCCAAAGCCAUUGCAAGAAGAAACAGAACUGAGCAUUGAGCUGGUGGUAGGUAAGAAUACAAAGUCUGUUGAGUCUGAGUUACAUACCAAACGAAAUGAUCAAAGAUUAAAUUCACAUAACAGGGUGAUGCUCGAAAACUGGCGGGCAAAUGUAGAUUUGCAAGUCAUUGUAGAUGAGAAGGCUUGUGCAAGAUACAUGGCCAAGUAUGCUGCGAAAGGAGAACCCCGAUCGAAAUCGGCAUCAGAAAUACUAAAAUUGUCUGUGUCUUCAUUACAGAAUGAUGAUCAAGUCUCUUCGGCCUUCAAGAAAGCAAUGAUUCAAGUUGCUGGAGAUAGAGAUAUGGCAGCACAAGAAACUGCACAUAUGUUACUUAGUCUACCACUGGUUGGCUGCACAUUUAGUUUUGUUACUAUUUCUUUAGAUAACAGCAGGAAGGUUAAUAUUGAUGCAGAAAACGAAAGCGAUGAGGUACUUCAAAAAUCUGCGCUACAAGAAUAUGCAGAACGUACAAAAUUGAAGAGUAGGUAUACAGGCUUGUCUCAGCUAAAUCUGAUGCAAUAUGUGUCACAGUACACGAAAGUCCGAGGUGAGUUGACAAAACGAGCUAAUCCGUACAUUGUCAGGACAUUUCCAAAGAUUUCCGCUAAUCCUGCUGGUCCUGAUUUUGGUAAAUACUGCAAAUAUCAACUAAUAAAGUUUAAACCAUGGGAGGGUCAACCGUCAAAUGCUUGGAACAACGAGGAUGAAAGUGAUCAAAUGUUUAUUAAUGCAUAUGAAUUUUUUCUUAUGACAGAUGAAUUUGCAGAAGAAAAUGUGUUUAGGUAUUCCGAUGAAACAGACAGAGUUCAUGAUGCGCAAUGUGGUCAAACCUUUGAAAACGAUCCAACUGACAAUCAAGAUGAUGAUGACGAAAGUGAAGUUGACCCUGAUGAUGAGGAGGAAGUCGAUGAUUGGAUGUUAUUAUGCAGAAUUAACCAAGAUUAUGGUGAAGCAGGUAAUCGGAUGUCAGACAAUGAAGCAGUGGACUGGUUUGAAAUGGUAAGAGCUGUGCCUAGAGAUUUAUUAAAGGAAUCUCCAGGAUGGAUUUAUAGUCAAAGAAAGGAGGCUGAAGAACAUGGUCAGCAUUUUCAAGAAGAUGAUCAACAAUGUGUAAUUGAUCCGGAGACCUUGAAUGAAAAACAACGCCUUGCUUAUGACAUCAUCACAUCUCAGGAUGGUGAUAAUGCCGAGCCUGUUCAUAUGAUUGUGUGUGGAACAGCUGGCACAGGUAAGACAUAUUUAAUAAGUGCAACAAAACAAGUAUUAGCCACUCAGUGUGUUGUUACAGCAACUACUGGGAUUGCAGCCUUUAGUAUUAAUGGUCAAACAUUACAUUCUGCUGCUCAACUUCCUAUCCGUGAAUAUAGGGAUUUGCAGGGUGAUUCACUACAGCGGUUACAGCUGAGGCUGGAAGGUAAAAGAUUUCUGAUUAUUGAUGAAAUGUCAAUGGUUGGACAUAAAAUGCUAUCAUGGCUUGACAAUAGAUUACGUGCUGGUACUGGAAAGGAAGAUAUCCCUUUUGGUGGUCUGUCAAUAAUUCUAAUGGGAGAUUUUGGUCAAUUACCACCUGUUGGUGAUAAGCCAAUGUAUGUUUCAGGUAAUGGAACUGUAGUAAGUGACCAUGGACAUAGUUUGUAUCUGAUGUUUGAGUCUGUCAUUAUUUUAGAUCAAGUUAUGCGUCAGGCUGGUGAGGACCCUGAGGCAGUUGCUUUUAGAGCCUUGCUGAUGAGAAUGCGAAAUGGAGAAGUGACAGGGGAGGACUGGAAACUAUUAUUGGAGCAUUCAACAACAAGUGUACCAAUGGAUCAAUUUACUGAUGCCAUCCGAUUGUACUUUGACAAGAAAAGUGUUGCUGAAUACAAUUACGAGAAGCUAUUGCAGCUUGGACAACCUGUUGCUAAAAUUCAGGCAAAGCAUUCUGGUCAUGGUGCCAGUGCGGCAACGUCGGACGAAGCUGGUGGAUUGCAUGCUGUUCUGUUUUUUAGGGGUGCACCGGAACUCGGUUCCGGCCGGUUAGUUCCGGCCGGAACCCCGAUUUUUUAGAGUUCCGGUACCGGCCGGAACUAGUAAAAAAAGCAUGGCCGGAACUCUGUUGUUUUCAGAGAGAUAGAAUAUCAAACGUUUUUGUGUCUAACAAAAGGUCACAGUAGGAAGAAAUUUGGACUACGCAAGGGAAAUGUACACUACUAACACUUCAUUAUGACGUUUAACGCUUGUCAAUCUUUUUAUUCUAACAUUUGCGAGCUCUCUCCUUUAUGACUUGAAGUGUCUGCCUGUCUGGCAGCGGACAAAGUAACAUAUGACUAUAUAUGGCUUAAUAAAUUAGUUCCGGUUCCGGCCGGAACUUUUUUCCAGUUCCGGUCGGAUCCGGUUCCUGCCGGAACUUAAGAAACUGGUUCCGGUGCACCCCUACUGUUUUUAUCCACAAAAGCAGAAGUAAUGCUCACUUGCAACCUGUGGACUGAAGUUAGUCUCUGCAAUGGAUCAUUUGGCACUAUUGAGCAGAUUUGGUUUGAAGAGAAUAUGGGUCCACCAAACCUGCCAAUAGCAGUAUUGGUACACUUCCAUAGUUACACUGGUCCUGCAUUCCUAGAUGCAUGUUCUAAAUGUAUACCUGUGCCACCCAAAGUGUUUGAAUGGGUGGCUGAUGGAAAGUAUCUGUCAAGGCAACAAGUGCCCUUGCGGUUGAGGUAUGCAAUGACUAUUCAUAAGUCACAAGGACAGACACUAACAAAAGCUGUUGUUGAUUUAGGUAAAGGAGAAAAAGUUGCUGGAUGCACAUUUGUAGCUACAUCACGGGUGAGAUCGAUUCAUGAUAUUGUAUUUGAACCUAUGACAUUUGAUCGCCUGAAAGCAAUUGGUAGGAGUAAGAAUAUCCAAAAACGACUCGAAGCUGAACAGCGACUUAAAGUGCUUGCAGAGAAAACUGUCCAAACAUAUAAUAGGUCAUGAGUUGUCAUAUUAAGUUGAAGAGUUGUGGUGUUCAAGCACCAGCAUAGUAUACUGGGCACAUAUACUGUGCUUUCGAGGUUAUUUCUCCUGUUACUAGGCACAAUUUUAAAGGUGUAGUCUAUGCCUCUAUUAUUGUGUUUUUGAGGAAGGCAUUCAGGGAGUUUGUCAUUGCCUGUUACCUAGACAUAAUAUUAUAUAUUAUGUUUUUGAGGUUGGCUGCAUGUUGACAUACCUGUGCUUAAUAUUAAAUAGUAUUAUUACGUAUAUGUACUAUAAAUUUAAAACUUUGUCUUUUUCUUCUACAUACAGUAAUAUUUUAUAUCUUUAGAAAUUGAACCAAAUUCAUAUAAAGGUAAGAUUUUUCUCCUGUUUUGAGUAACUAUUCUAUUGAUAAAACAGUUCCCUUCAGAUCAAGACUACAGGGACCGGUUGUACGAAGCCUACAUUAUUAAACGAAGGCCGGAUAGCGCUAUCCACCGGAUAGUGAUUAUUCAAGCUUUGUUAAAUCAGUCGUUGAUUGGUAUAACUCAUAUUAAAGUUUAGUAUUUAUAAAUUAAAUGUUUUUCAUACUUCUUCUCACUUGUGUGUUGUCUCUAUCCAUAGUUUCACAGUUUUUCAAGCAUUUUAUAAAGUUUGAAAAAAUUACUAUCCGGUUGAUAGCCCUAUAUCUGACCUUCGUACAACGGAACUCAGGGGCCGGUUGUUCAACGGUGGGUUAGCGCUAACCCUGGGUUAAAAUUUAACCUUCUGCUUUAGUUUAUGUAUUUCUGCACGCAUGUUUAUUUCAAAACUUCAGAGAAGUAAACUCCUUAGAUCCAGACAAGAUAUCUGAAAAAAUAUUUCCAAAUUUCCAUAGACAAGCUGUGAGGAAGUUUGCUUUGAAUUUUAGGUUAGGCUGGGGUUUAAGCUAAACCAGUUUUGAACAACUGGCCCCAGAAUAAUAUUCAAGACACUCCAGAUCACUCUUCGUGGAUAUUGCGUGUGUUACUAUGGUUACCGAAAAUUCACACGCAACAUCCACGUAAAUACGAAGCGCGCGAAAUUUUGGUUUUUGGCUUUUUUGUUAGGCAGUAACUGACAGUAAGUUUUUUUCCGAAAAAAAACAACUUUAAAAUUUGUUAAGUUUUUUGAACAUACACUGUAUCUUUGAACGAAAAAUAAUUACACUACUAUUUGUGGAAUAUAUAUGUUUUGGGCAAAAUCCUAACUUCAUUUACUGAGUUUGUCCCAACAAAAAAGUUUUCGUGUUUUUAACAGUUUUUUUUUUGUUUUUUACAGAUAUUUCAAAUAAUUUGGCGGAAAGGUAUGACUAUAUUUUAAAAUUAUUUAUAGUAUGUUUCUUAGCUGAUGUUAAACAGCCUUUGCUUCAUGGCCAAAAACAUUCCUGUUCAAUAUAAAAGAUGGAAAUGUAUUCAAUAUUAGUUUUAUCAUGCACUGGGAGUGGAGAUGUUGUAUUUUAUUAAUGAUUUCCUUUAAUAUUUUCUUUUAUAAUUAUAGCAAAGAUUUAACAAACACAAAAGUAAGUUGCUCCAAUUUUUUGAAUGAGCGAAUAAAACCAUAUUAAAAGAGGCAUCCAGGUUGAACAUAUAGGUAUAGCUUGGACUUAUAAACUUAGCUAUUUCAUAAAUCCCUAUAUUAUAACUAAUCCCUAUAUUAUAACUAUUUCAUUUUAGUGGAAUUACCGGAAUUGGACAACCCUGCUAUUCUUGGUAUGUACAUUGCAAUAAAUAUGUGACCAGUAUAAUAUCUACUUUUUGGUUUUAUAUAAAGCAACAUUUGUUCUAGCUGGUUGGACCUCACAUAGAAUUAAAUGGACUUACAACUAAUAGUAAAUUGUGUGAACAGAGGCCAGUUGUCACCAAUUGUUUGGCUACAGUUGUACAGACUGAAGUAUAUUUGUCACCUUGAGGUAUAUUUUUGUGACCUCGAGGUAUAUUUUUGUGACCAAUAUUUCAGUGAUCAUGCAGAGGUAAAGUUAAUUGUGACCAAUUGCUCGGCAAAAAUCCUCUUGGCCAGCCACAAUGAAAUAUUUUCUCAUGUUAAAAUUCAAUCCAAUAACCCAGUGAGUACCAUGAAUGUACAGUAGUUGUAGAUUGUCCUCUCCUACACUAGCUACAUGUAAUAAAGUGUAUACUGACAAUUUCAUUUUACAGAGCAUCGUUAUAACAUUCUACGGAUUAUCAAUUUGCAAUAUCAUGCAUGUGACACAGUAACCUCAUCUUUAACCUUCUAACACAACAUCUUUUAUUUUAGACGUUCACGUUGAUGAUGGUAAGAAUUCAGUUAUAUAUUUAAAACAUAAAUUCUUAAAGCUAGGUCAUUCUGUUUGAGAAAUAAUAAAAUCUGAUAUACUCAAUUGACAAGAAAGGAUUAACUUUCAAUUAUUUUCUCCAUGGUAGAGUUGUGAAUGUUUUCUACAGUAAUAUAGUAAUGAUUGAUAAUUAAGAAUAUAUUGUGUACAAUAUAUUACAGAUUAAGUACAGAUUUCUUAUGAAUAUUUGCAACAUUUUUUUCUAAUUAACUAUAGAAAGUGAAGUCGAAGAGGAUGAAGAAGUCCAGCCACGUAAGUUAAUCUUAUAAAACAAUAUGUUCAGUAUGGUUCAAUCAUACUUAUAAUUAUAUUAUUAUUACUUCUACAAUAAGGUGCAUGAUUUUAUUUCAGUGAAUGAACAACCUCGACAAGAAGAUGCAAAUGGUAUGGUUCUAAUGUUGAUAUACUUACAUACCUAUAUCUGUAAUAUGUAAUUUGGUGUAACUACAGUUAGUACUAUUUUUUUCAGUUCAAGAACGACAACAACGUCCACGGCAUGGUAAUAGUACAUUCUUUAUAAAGUUUAAUUAUACCUCUCUUGUGUAAUUCAAACUAAUCAACAUUCUUUCAUUACAGUUAAUCAUGAACGACACCCACAACGUCGUGACGGUAUAGUUCUUGAAAUAGAUUUAUACACUAAGUACUGAGGACUGUUAUUGAACAAUAGCACUAGCUCUGGGUCAAACUUUAACGUCAUUGUUUUCGUCUAUAUAUAUAGUAGAACUUCACAUUUGUUUACUUCAGAACUUUGGAAAAUUAAAUUUCUUUCGAUUCUAUUUUUCUAAUUUAGAAAAUCAAGCAAGGAGAAUGGGCAAUGGUAAGUACUGUAUAUUCUGUUAACAUCCGUAUUUUAUCAACAUCUUAGUAAGUGCACUUCCAGUAUGUACUGCAACCUAAAUGAAUAUUCUUGAAAACUGAUUGUAUUUUCUUUAAAUUUAGGACGUUGCUAUAAGUGUGGCCUCCGUGGCCAUUAUGCUGUGGCAUGCCGUUCACGUAUGUACUUUACUAAAACUACAAAUAUUAUAAUAGUCCUGCGAUAUUACAGUAGUCAAAAAUAUUGGACCAAUUAACUUUACAAUAAAUUUUAAUAAUUAUUGUAUGUUGGAAAAUGAAUGUUUCUUUGACAAUGUUCCUGGAAAAUACAAAAAAUAAGCACAAUUAUAAUAUUAUUCUGCAUAUAUAGAACAUUAACCCAUUAAGCGCCAGCGCUCUCCCAUUGACGAGUAAAAUCGUCUGGCGUUAGACAGAGUAAAAUGCUAACGUAGGGUGCAUCCGGGUGCAUUGCGACUCAAUGGGUUAAACAAUGUAAAAGAGUUGUACAGUUGCACUUGCCGGAUGAAGUCAAACUGUGCAAAUCCAAUUUCCAGCAUUGUUUCAUUUAAAAAUAAAUAUUUUUAAAUUAUAUACGACACCAUGUUGAAGAAUUGCUCGAAGUAGGAUCAAUUUUGAGUACAGUGAACAUAUUGAAGGCAACAACAACCUUCGAAAAAGGUCCAUAGAAAUAACAGCCUUAACUUAUUCUUUCGAAUAAAUGCUGUAGGACCCAAUAACAGACUAACCCAUUGAGUGGCAACACUCUCCCGAUGACAAAUAAAAUUGUCUGGUAUUAUACAUAAUAGAAUAUCAAAAUUGAGUGCAUAUUGGUGUAUUUCCACCAGGGCUCGAAUUUUAUCGCGGCAGUCGCGGCAAUUGCCGUAGAGGGAGUACAAAAUGCCGUGGAUCAUUGCGGAAACGACGGCAAUUUUUUACCGUAUAGUAUAAUUUUUAUACUAUUCACUAAAUUACUAUAUUAACAAUAAAAUUAAAUUUUUGUUACAGUACUUUGAAAAAAUGCCGUGAAAACUGCCAAAAUUGGCGUAGACAGCUGUUACGUUCUACGGCAAUUUUUACCGCCAUUGCCGUCGAUUGGUUUCAGGGAAAUUCGAGGCCUGAUUUCCACUUGACAGGUUAAUCUUUUAAGAGGCAAUGCACCCUCAUUAGCCAUACUUUAGUAUUUUACUCUGUCUAAUGCCAGACGAUUUUGCUCUUGUCUAACGCCAGAUGAUUUUACUUUUCAAGUGGAGAAUGCUGCCACUCAAUUGGUUAAUAAUACUACUUAUUUUUUAUCAGUGAAAAUGAAGCAUUCUGAUUGGCUGAGGAGCCUUUCAGAGCGGGCCGGUUUUUUGCAUCCGGCCCGCUCUGAAACGCAACUGCCCGCUGUGAAAUGCAACUGCCCGCUCUGGUUUUCGCGCCAAAAACCGAGGAGUGAAACAAUUUUUAAACGAAAAAAUCUGCCAAAAACGUUUGAAAAACAUAGCCUAAAGAUAGUCAGAAUACGAAAAUGAAUUGCAUCAAGCCCUAAAGGCUUCAUACUAAGCACGAUGUUCACGACAAUUGACAAUAUUUUGACAUAGAAAUGCGACUGAAAGUCGGAAAGUAUUUGACAUGUAUAAAACUUACGUCGAGAAAACUAUAUAUUUUUUGAAUGCUCAUGUAUUCGGCCACUUAAAAGCGAAAAAAUUACAGCUUAAACAGAUAUUGUAAAAUAAAUGUUUUCCCAUUUAAAAGAAGGCUUAACAGCAGCAGUGAAAACAAGUCACGAAUAUAUUCUCUAUACCCAUUUGUGUCAUGUAUUUUUCACUGGUAUAAAUGUUGUAAACAAAGUAAAAGUUUGUGUUUAAAAACACUUUUUUCAAGCAUAUUAUCGUGAAACGACAAGAAAAAAUACAAAAGUAUAAAAAUAACAUACCUUUUUCAUUGUCCUUUUAGUAGAAAAACGUUAAUUAAAUCAAAACAGAUUCAUUUUUAUAUGUUUUUGAUCUGAUCUGAACAUGAACCUGUCGUUGUCCUGGGAGCAACUUGUCAAAGCCAAAGCCAAAACGCCAGGCAUAAAAGUUUUUAUUCCAAAGCUUCUCUGCUACCAUAUUCAUGAAAAAAGCAUGUACAUUUUUACUGAAACGAAACGUCUUUUUGUGUGUUUCUUGCCAGUUUUCGCGAGUUUUCGUAUUCGUGUUUCAUAUCUUUUAACUUUUCAAUUGUUGUCAGCCUCCGAGCCUCGAUUUGAAAAUACACAACUGCACUGAUCUCAAAUUAGUUCGCAAGCAUCACUGGAAUUUUAAUAAAUUUAAUUUUUACAUUUGAUAAAAAAUAAACACGUUAUUUACCGGCAGCGUCGGUCCGGAUGAGAAAAACUGUGCCCUCGGUCUUGAAAACGUCCCUCGCCCUUCGGGCUCGGGCCGUUUUCAAGACCUCGGGCACAGUUUUUCUCAUCCGGACCCAUUUCCGGACCUCGCAGCCGGUAAAUAACAUAUAUAUACUAGAAUUUUAUAUUUUCAAAUAUAGGCAUAGUAUGCUGGUUGUGCGGUGAACGGGGGCAUGCCAGGAUCAAGUGCCCCCAAAGGCAUGGUUCAAAAGAGGGGAAGGGACGGCCAGUUGUUUUUAACCAUUGCAGAUUUGAUAAACUAACAAUGUAAUUUUAUAUUGUUACUAUAUCAAAUCUGCAAUUGUUAAAAUUGUUUACAGUAAUAACGGCUAAAUUUGAC